CACCGACAACACCCGUCUUCAUCGCUCGUACGCCCUACCACCACCGCGACGACGACGACAAUAUAUCAAUUCACAAUCGCAUCACCAACAAGAUACCCCGUCGACGACCUACACCAGCAAAGCCUGAUCUGCGCCUUCGCUUCAAUCCACUUCAACCAGCCUACCCGCCACAACACAUCACCCAUCACAGCCUAACCGACGACCACCACCACCACAACCACCACCACAACCACCACCACAACCACCACCAUAACCACAACCACAAACAACACUGCCCGCCCCUCCCGUCCCCGCGUCUGGCACAUGCGUCGCACCGCGCCCGACCGCCGCGACAAUGGCCGUUGAUGCCUCCCACCUGCACGCCGUCCUGCGCGACACAGUCGGUCUCCUUGUCCGCGCCGCUGUCCCGCCCACAGCCGCUGACGGCGGCGCUGCCACCUCUACCACCUCCGCCGCUGCAGAUACAGCAACCACGCCGCCGUCGCAGGAUAAGGGGGGUAGCUCGCAGUCGCCGCUGCUGUUCUUUGUGGCUCUCGGCUUCGGCGUUGUGUUCACGAAUCUCUGGAUCAUUGUAGGAGUGAAAUACUGCUUCCGCUAUAACGCACGCAACCGUGCCCUCGCGCGCGGCGAAAUCAUCGACCCCAUCUCCAUGGAGCGGGUCCACCCUCGCCCGCACCGCCGUCGCCGCGAGAAGAAACUCAUGACCGUAGACGAGGUCAAUGAGCGCUUCCCACGGAUGAAGUACUCGGAUUGGGCAGCUGCACGUGCGCACGAGGGACUCCCAACAGCUGGGGGUGUCUCAGCACCAGCCGGGGGUAGACCAGCCACAUUACGGGAUGAAGAGGGCGUCCAACCCACCUCCCCAACGUCGACGAAACACUUCGACACCGCACCGGAGGUAGGAGAAGUGCCCUCAACACCCACCACCACCACCAUACCCCCUUCCGCACCCGCACCCGCACCCCGUCUCAGCACCGACACAACCGAGAAACCCACCACCGCCGACACAACCGCCGACACCACCACCCACCUCGUCGCCGACUCGGCCCACCUCGCAGCCCUCACCUCCACCGCCACAAACGCAACGCACUACGACCCCAAACACCCCUCUGACGACUCCGACGACGAGGACCUACACGUCCUCCCCCCCGCCCUUCUCGACCACCCCGGGGAUAGCUGCGCGAUCUGCAUCGACGUCCUCGAACCAACCGACGACGUCCGCGGUCUCACAUGCGGUCAUGCCUUCCACGCCUCGUGUCUCGACCCCUGGUUAACCAGCCGCCGCGCCUGCUGCCCGCUGUGUAAGGCGGAUUACUAUAUCCCCAAACCGCGUACCGAGGGCGAAGAAGCCGAGACUCGCGAACGCGAACGCGAACACAGACGCCGCGAGCGCGCUGAGGGGAGGGGGGUUAAUCUCCCACACCAGCCUGGGAGCGCUUGGGUGGAUGGACGGGUACGGGGACGAUUCUUCCUUCCAGCACGGUUUGGGGAUUCGGGAGGGAGAGGGUGGCCGGGGUCUAGGCCGGGGGGGGAGGGAGAGAGUGCGUUGGCGGCGGUGGGGGGACGGAGUGGGGGGAGGACGGGAAGGUUUUUCCCGUGGCAUAGGAGUGCGGGGGCGAGUGGGACGACGCCGGCGCAGUUGGAGGCGCAGAUUAGGAGGUAA